AGUGUGUAGUGAAAAGUAAAAUUCGUGCAUGAUUCCCGAUCGGUGCGCUAGUGUGUCGUCGUCGCCAUACAGUGUCGCGUUCAGUGUGUUAGUAAACGAAAUUUAGGCAGAAAACAGUUGGUUAAAUGUGCAAAGUCAAUAACUUAUUGAGUUGUGUCGAUGAUAUUAAAAAGCAUAAGUAAGUUAAGUGUGCACUAAAAAACGUGAAGAAAAGUAAGAAAUUAAUUAUUUGAGCUAUUCAAACGUACAACAAACAAAACAAUCAAUUCAAGCAACAAUAGAAGUAGAAGGUACGAACAAGAUAAGUAUAACAGCAGCGCGAUAACAACAAUUGUUACCGGACAUUUCUAACCAGCACUAGGCAGAGAGGUGUAAAGUGAAGUCAGCAUACGAAAAGUGGCAUCAGCGGCAAACACAACGAGCUGUUUACACGCACACCUUUGCACAUAUUGCUACUUCCACUUUGUUCGCAUUCUUGAAUUUUUGCUGUCCGUUGCCAGCAAGUCGCAUACAUGAACUUGGUGCGACUGUGUGCCGGCAGAAAGCAGGUUUUCCUAUAGUGGAAGGUAGGAAGAUAUGUAAAAAGUAAUUACAAGCAACAUACAUACAUAUGUACAUAUAUAUAGAUGUAUUAAUGUGCAUUUGCGCGUAUGUGUAAAUAAAAGAAGUGAGAUCAAGUCGUAGAUCAAAAAGGGUAACGAGUAGAGCGGUGACAGUUGCAAGAGAAAACGAAUUGUGCAGAAAAUUUCCAAGCCAAUUAGUGUAAAUGUUAAGAAAAUAUAAAAUUAAAUAAAUACUAGUGCAUUUUUCUGUAAUUGCAGUGCGUUUUUUUGCGAGUGUAAAGAGUGCAACAUAAUUAACCGGUAGUGUUUUACCGCAAUCUUGUGCUUGCAAAGUUGUUCAACGACUUUGCAGUAGUUUUCGACAAUUUUUAGUGAAAUCGUGCUGUGCCACAAUAAAAAGCGCACGACUUGAACGGAAUUCAACGCAAAACCACUACAACACUUUUGUGCAACAGCAGCAUUAACAACAACCAAGUUUAUACAAAAAAAGACUACCAACGUAAAGCAUUUGCCAAAAGUUCUGACUACGGCAGCACCUACUUUUGGGCACUUCAAUUCGAGUGCAUAGCCAGCUGCACCUACGUUUGCAAGCCGGAAAUGCCAGCGUGCUAAGUAACUUGUGAAAGUCGCCAACUCCUUUGUACUGUGCUUUUGAGUGCUUGGUUGCAUACAUAUACUAAAUCCUUUCACAUUGUGCCGACUUUUAGUGUUUUCUUGGAAUAUUGAGUCAGCCCUACAUUUGUGCGUUCCUAGCGUUGAUUCAUCUUAACUGGGCAAUAAAUAAACGACAUCUACAGAACGGAAGCUGCCGCACUUGCAACAAUUGCAGUGGCAUAUUUCUUGACUGCUGACUUCGUUUUCCUGCGGGCAGUGGAUAGCGCUUUUUAAGCUGUAUAUCCACAUAUCAUUUUCUGUCCCCAACUUUUUAAUGCAAUAAUUAUGUCAUGGGAUCUUGUACGCGACGACACUUUAUGCUGUCAACAUGCUUGCUGCAAAUGAUAACAAUCAUCGAACGCCAAGUAUUCGACUUUCUCGGAUAUAUGUGGGCGCCCAUUUUGGUCAAUUUCUUUCACAUAAUUUUCAUUAUUUUGGGAUUUUAUGGAGCAUAUCACUUUAGAAUAAAAUAUAUAAUAACCUAUUUAAUAUGGAGCUUCAUUUGGAUCGGUUGGAAUGCUUUUCUCAUAUGCUUUUACCUGAAUGUAGGCAUAUUGGAUCGGGACAGCGACCUGCUAAAUUUGGGCACCGGUAGCGUCUCCUGGUUCGAGGUGAACGGUUAUGGUUGCAAGCCAACAUAUCCAGUCAAUAUCACCUCCGAUGAUCCAUUUCGUCCAAUACGUCCGGAACGUGUGGACGAUUGCUUAUUAGAUUAUACUAUAGUCGAAAUUGUGCAGUCGGGUGUGCAAUGCGCUUUAGCGUUACUUGGUAUUUUAGGCGCCAUAUUAAUAAGUUACAUAUUCCUCGAUGAAGAUGACAGAUUCGAUUUCGUGAAUGGCGACGCCAAGAGUCCCCAGCACACGGUGGUCCAUCCAAUGUACGUGAGCUACAGCAGCAUACCGACCUCGGCUAGCGCUAGCGCUACAUUGCUCUCAAAUAAGCAUCACAACAAUCACCAAGCACCACUUAACAAUAACAACCACAACCACCAAAUUCAUGCGCAACAACAGCAACUGCAACUGCAGCAGCAACAACUCCACCAUCAUCAGCAACCAAAUAAUUUUAACAGUAACACAUUUCUAAUACACACAAACAGCAUCAGCAACAACAGCCAUAGCCAUAGUCAUAGUCAAGGUCAGAGUCAGAGACAGAGUCACAGUCACAGUCAGAGCAAUAGUCGCAGCCGCAGCCACAGCCGCAGCAAUAGCCGCAGCAAUAGCCAGAGCGGUGGCAAUGGCGUCGGUGUCGGCGGUGGCGGUGGCGGCGGCGCGUCAAAGAAAGGUCGUGGCGGCGGCGAUGGCAACAGCAACUAUCACAGCGCGAGCAAAAAUAGCACUUUAACCCGCAUACUUUACAGUCCGAAGAGUAGCAAUAAGAUCGGCGCCACGACGGGCAAUACGAUUGUGGUGGCGACGGAGAUGUUGCAGCGGCAGCAAUCGCUGCCACAGACGCAUACCGCUAAUUUGCAUGGCGCGCAGCAUUAUUAUGACGACAGCACCGCCAAGGCGGAUCAGCUGUAUACGAACAGCAAUCGACGACAGUUCUUGAACGGCGCAACAACAUAUCAACAACAACAGCAAGUUGGCACACCGAACUCCUCGACGCACGACAACACGACCUCGUCGCUCUCGUACGCUUCGCUGCAGAAUUCCAAUUUGAAUUUGACACAGAGCUUGCGCGGUGUCGGCGGCGGCGCGGCCCCCGGUGUUGGGUUCGGUUACGCAGGCAGCGGCGGAGGUAGUGUGGGGGGUAGUCGUAGUGGUGGCGGUGGUGUUGGUGGACACAUGGGUGGCGGUGGUAGAAGUGUGGGCGCGAGUGUAGGCGGUGGCAGCGUCGGUGGUUAUGGGCGUGUCGCUGGCGUCGGUGGUGGCAUGACGUCCGCCUCGUCGCAGGCCACGCUCAGUCCGCUUAGCAAUAGUCAGUUUAGCCUCAGCAAUAGCCUGAAUAAUAAUUACAGUAAUCAUAGUGGCAUUAACAACAACAACAACAACAUUAACAAUAACAUUGUGCUAAGUAAUCCCGCUAACUAUAUGAAUAAUAAUAAUAAUAACGGUAGCAUGGACAGCAGCGUCGGUGGCGGCCAUUUCGCGCGCAUACACGCCAAACCCAAACCACCCAAGUCCACGAGCUACAGCAGUUUCAUUAACAAUGGCAGUGGCGCUGCGAGCCUGAAUGGCAGCAGCGCUGGCACUGGCACCGGCACCGGCGGUUCCAUGACUAACGUACACCGUCCCGAUAUCAAAUAUACACAAAUGUCCAAUGAGCGUUUGUCGCGCAACCUUGAAGAAGGUCUGGAGGAUGACAAUUUCUCGCUGCAGAAUUUCAAAACCGACGAUGGCGUCACUUAUGUGCCCUUCCAGAAGCCAACACCGGGCGCGCUCUUUGUCGGCCAGAAUAAUAAUCCUUCGUAUGUGUCGUUGAACUCGUACGCCGGCGCACAGAUGUCGCCUAACAAUAACAACAACAAUAACAAUGCUAGUCCAAAUACCAUCAACAAUAAUGCGCUGCCGCAGUUUGCGCGCAGCAUUUCACAGCUGGCGCCGCCACCGCCGCUGCCGGAAAACGGUGUCGGUGGUGAGAUACUUUUAGAGCGCGGCGCGGUGCUGCAACCUGCCUACAAUUACCCGUCGCCACCGCAAGCGUCACAGCAAAUGCUGAUGCAUUCACCGGGUCCACCACAUAUGCAGCAGCAACAACAACAACUACAGCAAAGCGUGCAGGUUGUGUCAGGCGCGCAAACGCAGCAUUCGCCACAGCCACUACUGAAUCCUGCCAAUCGUUUUCUCUACCAACAGAACGGCCUACCAUUCCAUCCAGCCUACAACAAGCCCAUACCGGUGCCACCACCGGUACCCACGCAUACGUCGCCGCCCAUGUCUGCGCCAUAUCAGUCACACUUGAUGAGCCCAGUCGCCAAGCAGCCGCCACGACCCACAAACAUUCCAUUACCCACCAUACCGGCACAUUCAUUCGACACACCCAUUUCACCCUCAGAGGUUACGCCUCCACCACCUCCUGCGCCACGUCCACACAUUUUCCAACCACGUUCCGGUCAUGCGCCCUAUCCGGAUCUCUCACCGGAGGUGACCGAAAAAUAUGCCAUGCCCACACAGUAUGUACCGCGUUCGCCGGUCGCUUCGCGUAUUGCACGUCGUCAACGUCAACAACAACAGCAACAGUCGCAUAAUUACCACCACCAUCAGCCAGCGCAGCCGGCUGCGCAUCAUGUGAACACGUCGGCGAAUUUUUGCGAUCAAGUGCGUGACGCGCCGCCCGGCUACAUAGUGGACGCAGGCUUCAGCAUUGUGCGCGCCAAGAGUUAUGAUCGUUUGGCCUCCGCAUCAAGCACAACCGGCUCGAUGCGGCGCGAUGCCAAAGCUGUUGAUGCGCCGAUGCAAUCACAGCAGCAGCAGGCGCAAGUUAAUGCCGAAGCGGCGCCGCAUGUAAAUCGACGUAGUGGUCGGCGUGAUGCCGCCGGUCGUGUGCGUCCACGUUCCUAUUGCAAUUCGAUGUCGGGUGGGGAGGGCGUAAUACGCGGUAGCUUGGUCUACGAGCGCGACUUCGCGGUCCAAAGUGGUGUUGUAGCCACUAGUGGCACUGACGGUGUUGGCGGUGGCGGUGGCGGCGGCUGCGUUAGUGGUGGCAAUGGUGGUAGUGGCGUAGUUGAGGGCGGUGGAAAUGUUGGCGGUGAUCAGUUGGCAUAGGCAGAGGCUGGGAAAGUGAGUAGUACAGUGUUGGAUGCACAAAAGGUACGAAGUCUUAAUGAUCGCACGCGUUAUUGAGUUAGCUAGUAUGAGCCACCUUUGCUAGACAAGAUCUUUGACAAAAUGGUUAGUUGGAAAGGUGUAGCUUGACUAAUGAAGGAGUUUACAACCUCAAAAUUAAUUGGAUGAGACAUAGGAAGCUUGCGCUGAUUUGAGCUAACUCAUAUCUAAUAAAGAAAGACUUAUAGUAAAUUAGAAAACCGGAGAUUAGAAUUUGAAAUUAUAUAUUUGUAAAUUCAUUUAGACCCAAAAAGCAUAAACAUUUAAGUCUUCGUAUGAUUGAAAGUUCAAUGUCACUAUCUGUAUAAUAAGAAAGCUGAGCGUUACUCGCUCUAGCGACCACUUUACUUACUCCUAACUAUUAGUCUAAAGCUCUGAAAGCUACUAGCCAAAAAACUGAGCUUUUUUAAUAAAAGAAAGUAAAAGUUAGAGAAAAAAUUAAAGUUUUUGUGGAUCAUUAGAUUGGCAUUGUUUGCCAGACACUUUUCACUUUCCAAAACCGUUUCAUAUUGCACUUACUGCCUCUCCAAAGUCACUGAGAACUGCCAAUAUUUCUGAGAAACUUUCACAACUUUUUAAAGCUUUCAUUUCAUUUAGAUGGUUU